AUGACAGGGAAGGUGGUUGAGUUUAUCGUGAAUUCUGAUGAAGAUGGUGGCCAAUUCGAUAUUAGCAUCUCGCGGCAGCGGUUGGGACAUUUCAUAAAAAAGAGAGGCAACGGGAAUAUGAGCGAGAAAGGAUUAAGGUUAAAAGAAAACCAUUCCUCCUACUUUUAUAACAAACGCAGAUUCAAGAUCGUCACUAUU